AUUUGUGGAACACUGCGAGAGUGCCCUUACAGUUAAACAUAUCGCACACACGUUUUUCACGGCAUUGUUACUUUUAAUGCGAAUGCAACCGGUGUUUCAACGUGAUUGUCUCGCACGAACGGAAUAUCUGCCAACUUCAUUAUCAAAGCAUUAAGUGUCAUCACUGUCGUAAUGUUUCCAUCCCGGAUACGUGUAUCGGUGCGCAUGCCUGGACGCAUUCACCAAAACGAUUUUAUUAACAUACACCAAUAUACGGCGCAAUCACGACUUCUGGAUCAUUUUAAGACUUUUUUGAUUGGCUUAAAAACUGUGGAAAAAUGCCUUACGCCAUGAAGUUCAGAACAGCAAGUACGGUGAUAUUUUGUUCUCUGUGGAUUUUCGGAGCAGCAAAGGAAAGACGUGAGGAGCGUGUGGCAGGAGAUGCACCGGCAAUAUUGAAAGCUGGUAUUAUUUUAACCAACGGCACUAAUCUGCCUUAUGAUUAUUCCGGAUUAGCACCGGCACUGGAAGCGGCAUAUGAAAAGGCGCUGAAUGAUUAUAACGUCCUCUUCCAGCCGGUGUUAUCGCUGUACGUUGGAGGGUGUAAUGAAUCCGGUGCCGUGGGCGCUACAUUCAUGGCCAUUAAUCAGACCGUAGAUGUUAUUAUCGGACCUGCUUGUACCGCCGACAUGAUGUCGUCAUUGGAGCUGCAGACGUACUUCCUCGUCCCCAGUGUCACCGGUGCCGGCGAUCUGGUGGACAGUACAGCAAAAUUCCCGUACAUCACACGCUGCUCCUACAAUACAUACACACAAUGGAUCUUUUUUACACGCUUGUGCAUAAAAUAUGCAUGGAGCAAUGUGGCCGUCAUUUAUGACGCCGGUAACAAUGCUCGCAGUGUCAACGCGAGAAGCUUAAUGACGAAUCUUCGUGACCAUCAGAUCCGGUCUUUUGAAAUGUCCUUUUCCGCGGCCAAACUGACGGAUGGGAAUAUGGCGAUGUUGCUGCGUAAUGCCAGUUAUAAUGCCCGCGUGGUGGUUUUAUUAAUGGAUGGUUUGUUGUUGCGGAAGUUCCUGCUUGCCGCGCAGCGGUUGGGACAAACCGAUGGAGAUUAUGUCUUCCUGACGCUGGAUUUAUUCCAGAGUGAUGUUCUUGCUAAUAACGGCUGGAAACAAAAUGAUAAUCAGAAUGCUUUGGCACUUGCCGCUUACCAGUCGUUGCUGGUGCUGACGCUGCGGGAUACAAGGAAUGAGCCACGAUAUAAGGAAUUUGUUGAACAUGUGGAGAAUGUGGCUAAUGGACGAAAAGUGUUACUGAAUUAUAUCCUAUUUCUGCAAAACUUGUAUUUAAAAUAUUUCUAUGACUCCAUUCUUCUCUACGCUCUCUCCGUCAGAGAAAUGAUAGACGAAGACAAGCCAUAUUGGGAGAAGAGGUAUUUACUUAAACUAUCGCAAAAGUUCUGGAAUCGCACCUUUCCUGGCGCAACGGGAAUUGUGUACAUUAACCCGCUGGGCGACCGUAACGACGACCACGCAAUGUACGACAUGACAGCGGAUGGGAUGUUCUAUCUCGCAGCCGAAUUCUAUGGAUACAAAGAUAUCUGGAUACAAAAUUAUACUUUCGAUCAAGUCAGUCCAUUUUUAUGGGGCAAUCCAAGUAAUACGCCUCCGCUGAAUGAGCCGCCGUGUGGAUAUUUGGGCAACGAUCCAAAAUGCAACCGGCGACUGCAGAAUAUGGGAAUCGGUCUCGGUGUAACAGCCAGCCUCCUCCUUAUUGCUCUGGUCAGCUUGAUCACCCUGCGGCGCAUCCAUCAGCGUAACCGCGAACUAAACCAGCUUGACCUUUUGGCUUCCUGGCAAGACAUUAGCGACCCGCAAUUUCUGCAGCUGAACAAACGCUUAAACACUCGCGGCAGCCACCGCCGACAUUCCUUAUCGGUGUACGCUUACAUCAACAACCUGGGUGAUCAUGCGCGCCCCGACUCCAAUAACACCAAUUUUGCCCUGGAUUUAGAUGCAUUAGCUGGCGACAUUGGGUAUUUAUCCAAACGGACUAUUACUGCUAAGUUUCGUGGCGCGCAAGUCGUUGUCCGGGUGUGCGAAGUGGUACAGCUGCCGAUUUCCCGCUCGAUCUUGAAAGAAGUCAAAGAUGUUCGUAAACUGCUGCAUGAGAAUUUGCUCCCGAUGCGGGAAUUCUGUCUAGGACCUGAACGCGCCACAAUCUUAUAUGAUUUUUGCUCCCGCGGAAGUCUUCGUGAACUAGUGUGUUAUUCCGAUUUUCAAAUGGAUGACAUAUUCAAGACUUCCUUAAUUCGCGACGUCGUCGAAGGCCUGAUGAUGAUCCAGAAAAGUACGAUAAAAUGUCAUGGUCGGUUGACAUCGUGCUGCUGCUAUGUCGAUUCACAUUUUACCUGCAAACUGGCCGACUAUGGUCUGCCGUCGUUCUUUGUGCGCACCGUGCCCGAUGAACACGAUGAGCGUUUCUGCGAAUCUCUCUUGUGGACGGCGCCGGAACUGUUGCCUCACCACGCCACCUUCGGUGAGGGAACACAAGAAGGCGAUGUUUAUUCACUGGCCAUUAUUAUGUGCGAAGUAGCCAUGGAACAACCACCGUUCAGUACGAAAGCCAUGCCAGCAUCAAUGAUUCUUGCCAAACUUCAGAAAAGAAAAACCGCUCUCGGACUUUUCCGGCCGAGGCUGGAUGCCAGUAAAAUGUCGCCGGAAAUGAUGAUCUUAGUCAAGCAGUGCUGGUCACAAGAUCCCAUGGAGCGGCCGCGAUUAGCUCAAGUCCGACGCUCACUGUUGACGAUCGGAAGAGAGGCAUUAUCCGGUUCUGGUUCCUUAGUGGAUAAAUUAAUCGAGAAGACCGAGCACUACACCAAAGAUUUAGAGAACAUCGUUGAAGAGAAGAGUCUGCAGGUUGUUGCCGAAAUGCAGAAGAGCGAGAAACUUCUGUACGACAUUCUGCCACGGAGCGUUGCGGAUCAGUUAAUACGCGGCCAGCACGUUGCACCGGAAACGUUUGAUAGUGUAACCGUACAGUACAACGACAUUGUGUCCUUUACGGCGUUAUCGUCCGAAAGCACACCAACGGAAAUUGUCAACCUCCUCAACGAUCUCUUCACCGUGUUUGAUAACUGUAUUCAGUUGUUCGAUACCCACAAAGUGGAAACUAUUGGCGACUGCUACGUGGUAGCAUCUGGAGUGCCGAUUCGUAACGGUAACCGCCAUGCGACGGAAGUUUGCCGACUGUCGCUGAUGUUACUGAAUAAAAUCAAAGUCUUUAAAAUUGCUCACCGCCCAGAGCAGCCGCUGCAGUUACGGCUUGGUGUUCAUACAGGACCUUGUGCAGCGGGAGUGGUUGGCCUUGUCAUGCCACGAUAUUGUCUAUUCGGAGAGACCAUUCGGAUAACUAAUAAAAUGGAAGCCACGUCUAAAGCCAUGAAGAUACAGAUUAGCGAAUCAUGCAAGGAUCUGCUGUUGCCGGUAGCCAGUUUUGCCUUGGAAUCGCGAGAAGAAGCGGUCCAAAUCAACGAUGAAAAAAGUAUCAGAACAUUCUGGCUGCUUAACGAGAACACCAUUUUUUGAAGUCUUGCUGUAUCGUAUGCUGUGACCUAUGCGGAUUUUGCCAUAAAUA